ACAGGCCCUGCUCCCGGGCUGGGCACAGAGCCCCUCCCUGCUGCCCACCCCUCUCUGCUCUCGUCCCCAGGAAGCGCCAUGGUGGCGCAGUGUCUGUACGUGCUGGCCGAGGGCGCGGCGCUGGAGACCAGCGACCGCCUGCAGCUGUACUGGCAGGCCAUGAUUCAAGAAGCCCUCAGUGGAGAAGUCUCUUUUUCUGCUCUGUACACGCCCUUUGAGAAAGGGGACAAGGCUGAGAAAAUAAAGGGGGCCAACAGGACCUUUGCUGAGAAGAACCCUGAUUAUGUGCAGCACAUCUUUACAGAUCCUCAUGGAAUUCACCUGUUGCCAGAGAAGGCUGAAUCUCACCCUGGCCAGCAGUACUUACUGACUCUUGGCUUCAAAAACAAAGAGAUUGGAAAAACCGUGGAGAAGUUUGUGACCCAGAAACUGCCAGUCUUUCCAAGCCAGAUUGUGACUUUCAGUCCCAGCAUGGAGGAAGAAGCAGAAACGUUUGGCAGAGCACUGGGGGAAAGGAUCAUGGCAGCCUUGGCUUUCAUAGGGAGCACCAAGAUAAAGGACCACGCAGGCCCCUGCGCGCGCGCCGUGGAGCAGUUCCACCUGGCCAGCCUGCUCAGGCACCUGCAGAGAGGGCAGGAACAGGCCCAGGUGAUGACCCAGGCCAUGGCUGAGCUGGCCACUGCUCCCCACCUGCAGAGAGUCUCUCGGGAGGACGACAAGCUGCUGCAGUCACUGAUGGCAGACGCCCUGGACAUCCUGGCGGGAGGAGCCGGAGAGCGCGCGUGGGUGAAAAUACAGAAGGUGGCUCUGAUCGAGGAGUACCUGAGGGAGGGAGAAGAGAUUUACUCGAGGACCCCACUCGUGCAAAUACCCGGAAUGGAAAACAUCGUCUGGACCCCAGGGGGACAGAAGUACCUGAGACUGGAAAAUACAAACGUGUUCAUUCCCAACCCACAAAGCUUGGCCACAGGGCCAAAGAAAAGAUGCAUAGUUUUGGUAGAAAGUUGAUUUUGUAGGUAUUUUGUAGCUAUUGAUAUCAAUUUGAUAGAUGUUAGUCUUAUUUUACCUUGUAUUAACUUGAUAUUGUAUUAAUUUAGAUUUAAAUUGUAGUCAAUUGUAUUUAACGGUAUAAAUUUCUCUUGUAUUUGUUUAAAUUUAAGUUGUAUUACAUAGUAUUUACUUGCAUUAAGUUGUAUGAAUUUAAAUUCAGAUUGCAUUUAUUUGUAUUUACUUGUAGUAAUUUUAAGUCGUAUGAAUUUAAAUUUCUAUUGUAUUAGACUGUAUUUAGUUGUGUAAAUUUAAGUUGUAUUACUUUAAAUGGUAUU